AAUUCGAUGAGAAAAUUGUUUUGACCGAUUCAGAGGUCACGCACACACAAAUUGAAUGCAGUAAUCCAAUUGCAUAAAUACUUUUGGAAUACCAAACAUUUGUAUCUGAUUGUUACUUAGUUGUCAAUAGCAGCUUAGAAUUUUCGUUUUAAUCGGAAAUGGGAAGGCGCCCGGUUAGAAACAGGGAGGAGUCAGCGUUGACGAGAGGAGUAACUUCUGCGUUUUCGUUCGUUAAAUUUGCAGAGUUCGAGAUUCUGUUCCUUCUUUUCUUCAUUAUCGCUUUCAUCGUCUUCAAAGAUCUCACGUCAAGGCCUGAAUAUAAUCAGAUCCUCGUCAAAAAGCCGGGCGGAAUUGAUUUGUGGCCGUACUAGCUGCAGUCAGCUGCUUGAUAUAUAUAUGGGUUGGAUUGAUAUUU